AUGCCUAGAGCUAUCAAAGGUGUUCUCGUUGAAUGUGAUCCCUCAAUCAGGGCUCUAAUUAUUAAGAUUGAUUCUGAUUCUCAUGAUAUUGUUAUUCAAGAGCUAGAUGAUACUCAUUUACUGAUUGAUCAAAAGAAGGUCGACUUUGUCAAAGCAGAACUAAACAGAAUGUUGGCAAAAAAUACAUAUAAUCCAUUAGAUGAUGAAGAAGCAGGUUCAUAA